AUGGAUCAACAAAAGGUAUCAUCAGCAAAAGCAAAGAACACACUCUUGAAGUUUCUACCAAGAGCAACAUCAUCGGUUACGUUUCAAAACCCUCCGAUUUACAGUCCGGCGAAAGACAAGAGAUCAUCGGAAAAAACCCAUAAAUCCAAUCUCGGAAUUGGCUUCUCCGGUCCCCUGGUUUCCAUGAUUCCGGCUGAUACUCGCCGGAAAAUCAAGAACAAUUCAGAUUACACCAUCAUCUACGAACCCACUUCCCCAAGAGUUUCAUGCAUGGGUCAAGUCAAGUGCAAGCAUCAAAAAGAAAAGCUACAACGCCGCCAUGGGAACGGCGUAGACGGCAACAAAGCAACUAACUCUGUAAAAGUAAAACCCAAAGAUAAAGCUUCACGAGCAACAUCUUUCACGCCGGCGAGGACAUAUAACGUCGAGGAUGAUGAAGAUUCAUCGAAAACUGAAAGUAAGAGCAAGAAAAAGUUAGGGUUUAAGAAAAUAUUUGGUGGGAUUUCGAUUACCCCCGGCAGCAGUAGAAGAAAACCAGAUCUUGAUGAUAAAAGGUCAAAGGCUCCAUUGUAUCUUGACAAAACUCCAAGUUUGAGCUCGAUGAAGCGGUUUUCUAGUGGUCGGGGUAAGCUUUCGAAUAUUGAUUGGACAAAAUUAGAGGCUGCAGCCAUGGAUUCCGGUGGUCGGAGUUAUUAUUCCGAUGAAGAAAGUGAUGAUGAAGAGAUUAAAAUGCCUUCUUCUGCUCCAGUGGUGAUGAGAAAUCAAGGGUUUGAUGAUAAAUUCAUGACAGUUGCAGGUUUAAAUUUGGAGCCAAGAAAGGAAAUUAAUCUGUGGAAGAGAAGAACCAUGCCUCAACUUAAGCCUCUUCAAUUGCAUGAUAUUUAA